AUGGAGCUCCUGCGCCUGUCCGUGCACGCCGCCACCACGGCAAGUACCCAGCGCGAGGAGGGGAAGCGCCAAUGGCUCGAGGAGGGAAAGACCGGCGAGCGAAAGCGCCCGCGAGACGGCGAGGGCGCCGCGGAGGAUGGAAAGGGCACGAGCGAUGCGGCUACAAAGGCCCGAGUUUCGUCUUCGGCUCCCCCUUUUGUGCCUAUUUUGGGCGUUGAUGACGACUCUGGGCGGGAUCCCGCGUUGGCACUUUCCCUCUCACGGCGCUUGAUGGAGGUAUUGAGGAGCUUUCAACGCGAACAACAAAGCUCGAUACGGCUUCGGGACCUGCGCGAGCGCCUCGGCGGCUUAGAUCCUAUCCGAGAAAUCCAACAGACGCUGACGAACCUUCAAGGCGAUGCGUUUGUUUAUGAAAUGGCGAAUGGUGACGACGAUUUGAUUCAGUUUAUGUAG